AUGAGCGGCGCCCCGCAGCAGCAGCCCCCGCGGCGGGUCACCAACGUGGGCUCGCUGCUGCUUACCCCGCAGGAGAACGAGAGCCUCUUCGGCUUCCUCGGCAAGAAAUGCGUGACUAUGUCUUCAGCAGUUGUUCAGAUAUACGCAGCAGAUCGCAAUGCCAUGUGGUCAAAGAAGUGCUGUGGUGUAGCUUGCCUUGUAAAGGACAAUCCACAGAGGUCAUAUUUUAUCAGAAUAUUUGACAUCAAGGAUGGGAAAUUACUGUGGGAGCAGGAAUUGUACAAUAACUUUGUAUAUAAUAGCCCUAGAGGAUAUUUUCAUACCUUUGCUGGAGAUACAUGUCAAGUUGGUCUUAAUUUUGCUAAUGAAGAAGAAGCUAAACUAUUCCGCAAAACAGUAACAGAUUUACUUGGACGACGGCAGAGAAAAUCUGAAAAAAGACGAGACCCACCAAAUGGCCCAAAUCUACCAAUGGCAACGGUUGAUAUCAAAAACCCAGAAAUUACAACUAACAGAUUUUAUACUCCACAAGUCAACAAUAUUUCAUAUACCAAAGAAAAGAAGAAAGGAAAAACUAAAAAGAGAAGAUUGACAAAGGCAGAUAUUGGAACUCCAUCUAAUUUCCAACACAUUGGACAUGUUGGUUGGGAUCCAAACACAGGUUUUGAUGUGAACAAUUUAGACCCAGAACUGAAAAAUCUGUUUGAUCUGUGUGGAAUUUCAGAGGCUCAGCUAAAAGACAAAGAAACUUCAAAGGUCAUUUAUGAUUUCAUUGAAAAAACAGGAGGUGUGGAGGCUGUAAAAAAUGAACUGCGCAGACAAGCUCCACCUCCACCACCGCCGUGCAGAGGAGGACCCCCUCCGCCUCCCCCUCCCCAUAGCUCGGGCCCUCCUCCUCCCCCUGCUCGGGGCCGAGGGGUCCCACCUCCACCUCCUUCCAGAGCUCCCACAGCGGCUCCUCCGCCCCCGCCUCCCUCCAGACCUGGUGCAGCAGUGCCCCCGCCUCCUCCCAACCGGAUGCAUCCUCCUCCACCUCCAGUGCAUUCCUCAUCUGCGCCAUCCGGCCCUCCUCCGCCCCCACCGCCUCCGGCAAGCGGGGCGUCUGUUCCGCCACCCCCUCCGCCUCCUCCGCCCCCUCCUGGUCCUCCUCCACCGCCAGGCCUUCCUUCAGAGCCUGACCACCAGCUUCCAGUUCCUGUGGGAAACAAAGCAGCUCUCUUGGAUCAAAUCAGAGAAGGAGCUCAGUUAAAGAAGGUAGAACAGAACAGUCGACCAGUGUCCUGCUCAGGAAGAGAUGCACUGCUAGACCAGAUACGACAGGGUAUACAGUUGAAAUCUGUAUCUGAUGGUCAGGAGAGUGCACCGCCUACACCUGCACCCACCUCAGGAAUUGUGGGUGCGCUAAUGGAAGUUAUGCAGAAAAGGAGCAAAGCCAUUCAUUCUUCAGAUGAAGAUGAGGAUGAAGACGAUGAAGAAGACUUUGAGGAUGAUGAUGAAUGGGAUGAUUGAUCAAAUAUUAUUAUAUAUAUAUUUUUUAAGGUGAAUGAUAUACUAAACACUGCUUUCUGUCUAUGGAUUCUGUAAAAUUAUCAUGUAAAUGUUCUACCAAUUUGCUGUAUAUUUUUGUUGCCUUUUGCUUUUUUAUUAAUCUGUGCAAUACCUCAUUUAAUCUGUAAAGGUUUGUCAUAAUCCUCUACAAAGCUACUCCCUGUUAAUGUGUGCAAGUUUACACCUGGAUGAUCAUGUACAUGUGAAUACUUUCCAUUCCACCAAUAAGGGAGUUUAAUGUAAUAUGUGAGACUGACAAAAACCUUAAUGUAAUUUAGUUAUAAUGCAAGAAGGAAAACACUAUUUUCAUACCCUACUUUUUCUGUAUCUAAAUUUUCUUAUUAAAGCCUAGUAUAGCACUAUGUUCUUUAAGUGAUGCAGCUCUUAGUUUAUUUAGCCCCUUGAUUUCAAAUGCAAUGCUAUAUGAAUGUUGAGGCUGGUUUAUACUAUUGCAUGGUUUCAAAUACAUCAAAACAUUGCAGUUCAAAUCUUAGCAGUAUGCUUUACAUAACACAAAAGUACUACAGAAAUGCACAGCUAGUUGUAAAAAUUACCUUGCCCUAACUAUAGUACUGACUGCUAUUAAACAGCAGCAGUAAUUAAAUUCUUCAAUUGGGGACCUCUUUCUGAAGUUAAACAGGAUGGCUCUGUAUUGUCAUAGUGGUAAAGACAACUUUGAUGCAGACAAGUUCCACUUCUGGUCAGUUUGUUUUGGUUUGGGGUUUUGGGGAGGGUUUCAGGGGGUUUUUUUGGGGGUUGGGUUUUGUUGGUUGGGUGUGGGUUUUUUUGUUUUGGGUGGGUGUUUUGUUUGUUUUUUGUUUGUUUGGCUUUUUCUUCCCUGCUCUUUCUUUCAGAAUGAAGAUGUCUAAAUUACUGGGGGCUAUAUUUUUUGUGGUUUUUAGGCUGAAGGGCUGCAUUUAAGGCUUGCUUCAAUAGCAUUUAAUUACUUUUUAAAAUCUGUAGGACAUUGGUGUACUAAUAAACACAAGUGGUAUUACUUUGCAGUCUUUGCUUUAUGGUACACAGCAGAUGCUGAAACACCAAUCCUACAUCCUGUAGGUUGGAAAGUCAUUAACUCAGAAUUAUAUACUUUGGAUAAGUACUGAACUUUAUGGCAGUAUUUGGCUUCAUAUGUUGGCUUUAACACCGAGGGUUGUGAUGAAGAUCAAGAACCUGAUUCACAAGAAUAGUAUUUGAAUAGAUAUGACAGAAAAUGGGAUUUUGAUUUCACAGCUUGCACAUUUAUAUACAUUGUACUUUGUAGUGCAGUAAACAUUGAUUGGCACAUCUGCCUAUUAUGAAAUACUAAUCUAUGCUACGUGGGUAUUUAAUAUCUGCAGCAUUAAUUACUGUACUUACUGUAAUUUUCAGGUAAAAAGUCUUUUUAAAACCACAUUAUCUGACACAGAAUGUUUAGUUGUCAGUUACAUUUGGAGUGUAGUUAAUACAUAGUGUCCUGGGUCUUUGACUGUAGUCAGGGUAUCAAAUGAAAUUUAAGUUAUCAGAAAAGUAUUGACUGAAACCCAGUGUUGACCUGAUCUUGACAGGCUGGACCUGCAUGAUAUGGCUUGGAUUUCUAACCCAGUUAUAACCUAGUCUUUAGCAAAUUAAUUUAGUCGUAGGAGGAGAGAAGAAGUUGCUGAGAAGUAGUGGGAGUGGUAAGGUGGUAGUUUAAUUAUUCAGAGGAUGCUAACUUCCUUCCAAGAGUAAUUUAAGCACAUAACUUGAGAAAAAAAAAAUUGCCAAGUGGUCUCACUUUCUUGCAGUAACUUUCACAUUGGCCUCCACUGCUGGAAACACUUCCUGCUAGCUUUGCUGCUGUAAUGGCUUGAGCUUUGGAUCAAGUGCAAGUGCAGCCUGCUGUAGCUAAUGGCAGUGGAGUUAACAACUUGUGCAUUAUGAAAAUAUUUGUAUGGCUUUCAUAUAACUUCUGGCACUGCACUCUUAUUUUUAUUGCAUAUAGGGCAUUUAAAAAUUAAGCAGAUGAGGCCUAGAGGUUUUCCUAACAUGCUACUUACUAGAUAUGUUUAGCUGUUAUGUUCCCAGAAUUGGAAUUUCUGUAAUAUAGUUAAUAAUUAAGCAUCACAGUUCAUUAAUCAAAUUUCUACUCUGGAUUUUGGGAGCUCUGAAGUUGCAUUAUUGAAUAAAACUUUGAUUUGUAGAUACUGGCCAAAGAAAGUUUUUGGGUUUUCUGUUUCUUCAUACAAAAAGUACACUCACACCUGUGGUGUCCAGGUUAAUAUUUACUUUAAAGUAGUGUUUGUUCAUGAUAAAUUUCAGCAUACAGACUGCGACAGCAGUUAAGUUAGUCAUAGCUGCAUGCUUCAGCACUCUGCCACUUGCACUCCAAGCAGAAGAUAGCAUUUCAUGAUACUGGUGCAUUGUUGCUAAACAUUGUAAUGAAGGCCUCUUAUAUAUUCUGGUUAAUUGACUGUCCAGAUAGCCUUAGCAAUUAACAAACUAGCAUGAGGCUUUUGUAUCUCAACACUCUAUGUGCAUAGACAAUAUCAGCUAGCCACUUGUACGUAUGAAAUUCGUAAGAACUUCUCAAUCAUUCAGUUUUCCAUUUAUCAAACUGAAAUUUUUAGUAUGUGAAUUUUUGAAAUGUACAGUGAAUAGGAUGUUGCACUGGUGGCAAUUCAUCAUGAAGCAUAAUAAAAUUAAUUUGACCCAA